AGAUACACACACAAACCACCGAGGAAGCAUUGCUGCUGCUGGGACAGGACGAGACUGGUCCUGAGGGAAAAAUCUCCUGUUGUUUAUUCCGAGGAAUGGGUCGACGCUACUCGUGUCCGCUGACGUUAACUAGCUCAGUUCAAAGCAAACACUGCAACGUCGCACCGUCUACCGGUGAGGUCACUGAGGCACAAAGCGGAGCGACCUGCGCGAGUGCGCGGACACAGCGGAGAUUCCUUCACAUCACAGCGGCUUUGUUCGUGCGCUGACUGACUGCUUGGCUUUGGAUGGUAUAUUUUCCGUCGAACCCUAUCGAUUAGACUAUUAUAAGUCGGAGAAGCGCGCGCUGAUGGAUCGUGGAUAAGUAGUUAUUGAUGAACACAGCGGGACUACAGAAGCGGAACCCAUAGGAGAAAAACAGAGCUCGACCGUACCGACACAUCUGAGUGCACUUCAUAACAACACAUCUUUGACUUAGCCAUCACCAUAAUUAGAGAACUGAGGUGAAACCAUGGCUUUGGUCUUAUCAAAGAACCCAUUUUGUGAACCCGAGGCUGAAGCACCGCCGUCAAUCUACCAACCGAUCUGGGAAUCUGAACACUGCAGUAAAAGCUGUGUCUCUACCCCCUCACCACCAGGGGGUGACACCCAAGGGCUCAGAGAAGAGCCCCAUUACAGACGAGUUCCUGAUCAUGUGAUGAAUCGUGUGGCCAUGUCACGGAUCUCCUAUUUCAAGAGGAAGUUUGUGGACGAUGAAGAACCUGUACUGAGCUUUAGGAGUUACUGUCACACUCAGGUUUCCCCAGUCCUGGAGGAGCGUGCUAACAUUCUCCGUCUCUCUCUGGAAAAGCUGCGUUUCAUGGAUGACCCCGAGUCCUUCUUGCGGCGGUCUGUGCUCAUCAACAACCUUCUCCGGCGUCUCAGAAACGAAAUCCUCCUCCAGAGCGACUGGUGUUUCCCAUCAGGUCAGACAACCAUGCCUUGUCCCCUCCAAACCCCAGCCACUCAGAAUACACCACUCCCCUCUCCUGCCCUGCAGCCCUGCAUGACGCCGCCCGGGUCGCAUCGUAAACGCCUGCGUCUGAUGAGGAGGGAAGGACAGGAGUGCGUCCCAGCCUGCUGCUGUUUAUACGCAGCCGGACGUUACCUCCAGCUCCCUCUGUCUGUGUACGAACGGGACGUAUACUCCAACUCUCGCCCUUCAUCAUCAUCUUCAUCAUCAUCAUCAGUUCGAUUUCCACAGCUGCGUGAGGAGGAGGAGGAGGAGGACAGUGAUGAAGAAGAGGGCUCUGUGAGUCCAAUGGUGGCUCAAGACACCAGAGAUCAGAACAGGACGAGCGAUGGUCUCCGGCCACAGAGCCACAGGGAUGACAAGAGCCUGGAAAAAGACACACAAAAAGGGAAAGAGAGGGUUAGAGGAGGGGAGGUUUCACAGCGGUGGCUUUCAGACACUAUAGGUGCUGGACACCAUGGGGCCCUCGCUAGGGCUCACGCCAGGGGAAAAUAACAAAUGAACACUUGCUGUGGAAACGAAAGAAGAAACUGGUUUCCAGCAGUCUCGUAGAUCAAUUUAACAAACCAGAAUAUCAAUGGUCAAUGACUUUGAAUUGCAUUGUGCUUUUUGUACUUCUGGAUUACGCACCACAAAAGGGACAGCAUUCACAUAUUGCUCUGUCUCUUGUGAAAACUACCAUACUGUGCCUUAAAUGCUCUUGUUUAAUCUGUUUACUGUGUUUGUGGAGUUUGUGGAUAUUCGUGACUGAACCACAGAGACAGGCACCAUGUGAAGUGGAAAAAAAGACAACAAUAAUAAUAAAAUGUUCGAAAUUUAAUUUUGUUGAUAUCAUAGGCACUUGAGAAAUGCAUGACAUGGGUUGCUUUCCAUGAUUAUCAUCACGUUUACAUGCAGUGGAUUUUAGCCAGAGUGCAUGAGGCCUUGAAGGUGGCCAACAUUUUUAGAACAAUCAUAUUCCCUUUUAGCGCCCUUAACAUUUCAGACAUUUACAUAUUCAGGAAACAAAACGUAUACAGGAAUCUGUGACAAUAUCACGGAUUCCAGUACAGAUAGCAGUGUCCAUGUUUAUCUGUUGUCUUGAGGUCCACUUAGUCCAGUGAUUCUUGGUACGAAUGAGAGAAUCUCCAAGUUUUUAUCUUCAUGCACUUUUUUUUAUAUUUGUUCUUUAUGCGUUCUACAUUUAUUUUUUUUAUUUCUAAAAACACAAAAUGGGAGACCCUCAGACAAGAGCAGAAUUUAUACUGGCAACCAUGCUGGUAGGAAAUGAAAUGAAAUCUUAAACAUCGUUCGGGUUUGAGUGUGUGUGUUUUUGUGAAAUGUGUUAAGAAUAAAGGAAUGAUCCUGAGCCCACAAUGUUCCCUUU